CAGAGCUAUCUCCGUGGCUUGAGCUUUGUCAUGCUGGAAACGGGAAAGCUAUUUCCAACAAGGUUGCUAUUAUGAUUAUAGUCAGCUAGACAAGUUGUGCAAGGUUACCUUAGCUCGCUAGGUUUUGGUCUUAGCCACCAUCCAUCUACACGGGCGUUUCAAAUCAUCUUUGCUGUACAUGGUGCUUUCAUCAACCGAGAAAGGACAGGUACGACCGAUCAGCUAACGAGGUCAUCAGAGGUCAUCAGCGAAGCAUCGUAACUCUGAAGUUGACAGCUUUGAUGCAGUACAGGUCCAGAGGUCCAAGAUGACUGAAGAGGUGAUUGUCAUCGCCAAGUUUGACUACCUGGCUCAGCAAGACCAGGAGUUGGACAUUAAGAAGAACGAGCGGCUGUGGCUGCUGGACGACAGUAAAUCGUGGUGGAGGGUCCGCAACGCCACCAACAAGACCGGCUUCGUACCCUCCAACUACGUAGAGAGGAAGAACAGCGCCAGGAAGGCAUCCAUCGUCAAGAACCUCAAAGACACACUAGGCAUUGGGAAGGUGAAGCGGAAAACAGGGAUGCGUGACACUGCCUCCAACGCAGACGCUGACAUGUACUCCGACAACGGCGAGCGCCUGUACGACCUCAACCUGCCGGCGCUCGUCAAGUUCAGCUACACCGCCGAGCGGGAGGACGAGCUCUCGUUGGUCAAGGGCACCCACGUUAUCGUCAUGGAGAAGUGUAGCGACGGCUGGUGGCGUGGGGGCUACCAGGGGCGUUCCGGGUGGUUCCCCUCCAACUACGUGACAGAGGACGCAGACGGGACAGCGGGGGGAGGAGGUUUGGGAGACCCGGCAGGGUCGCUGCCGGAGAAGCUAGCAGCAGUGGUUCACAGUGUGUCUAACGGGAACCGGGUACUCCACACGGUGCAGGCGCUGUACCCUUUCAGCUCGGGGAACGACGAGGAGCUCAACUUUGAGAAGGGAGAGGUGAUGGAGGUGGUAGAGAAACCAGACAACGACCCUGAGUGGUGGAAGUGCCGUAAAGCAGAUGGACAGCUGGGACUAGUGCCUAAGAACUACGUCACUGUGCUGCCUCCCCAGCAGGACUCUACUACCCAGAAUACCUCACCGGACCCCGCAGGGCCGCCCACGCCCGACUGUGACUACAUCUCUCCGGCCACGGUGGGGCGGUUUGCUGGGAAGCCAUGGUACUAUGGCAAGGUGACGCGUCAUCAGGCAGAGGUGGCUCUCAACCAGAGAGGAGUGGAGGGAGACUUCCUCAUCAGAGACUCGGAGUCAUCGCCCAGUGAUUUCUCCAUCUCUCUGAAGGCCCAGGGGAAGAACAAGCAUUUCAAGGUUCAGUUGAAGGAUGGUUUGUACUGCAUUGGCCAGAGGAAGUUCAGUUCUCUGGAGGACUUGGUGGAUCACUACAAGAAGGCUCCUAUCUUCACCAGCGAGCAGGGAGACAAGCUCUACCUAGUUAAGGCCCUGGCUGCCUCUUGAUCACACACUCUUAAACACACACACACACAUAAUGACAAACUUUAACACCUCACAAGGACUUCCUAUGUGCCGGGAGCCGUGAUCAUUCCAUUAGGAAAGGGGGAGGAAGAGAGAAAAAGAGAAGUGGAGAGGGAGAAAAGGACAUUGGACUCUCCCUUUAUGUAAAUCAUCCUAUCUUACCCAGAUCACCUCAGUUACUUCUUCUAGGUCAUAAUGCCAUCUUCUAGAUAUAGGCUGUUUCUGUUUAUAAUAUAUAUAUAUACAUAUAUAUUCUUUUAAGUUUCUUUUUAAAAAAAUAAAAAAGUGAUGUUUUGAACUCAAAACAACAAGGAGUCGUAGUGAUGAGGCGGUUUGGUCGUUGGUCGUCGUUGGUCGCCUAGCAACACAUUUCAACGGACUUGUUGUGCCGUUGUCGGUCGUAACUCUUUCAACGUCGUACAACACAUGAUAUGUGGUGGACAAUAAUCCACACUUCUCCUAACUGCUCAACCUAAAUAAAAAUGAUUAA